AAGAAGCCCACUGGAACACCCCCCAACGUUUAUCCGAAGAAAUGGCGGUUGUGCUCCGUUGCUCCUGCUUCUUCACUCCCCCGAACUCCGUCCGAUCUCCGCCGUCCGAUCCUUCCACCCGAAAAUCCCAAGCUCCCGGAUAUACAUACCGUUAUGACCGAAGGCGAAUAGGACGAAGAAAUCCACAAACCUGGAUUGCAAUACAUAACCAAACGGAUUAUUUCUUUAGCAAAAGAACUCACGUGCGUCAACUUCCGCAAUCAAAGAAAGGAUUCCAUCGUAUAGGCGAGCCUUCACUACGCCACGCUCCCCGCCACGGCAAGGCCAGAUCAUUGCCCACUGCAGGGCCCUUCCAACGCCGUCGCUUCACCGUACAACACCACCGCAUAGCGUUAUUCACAUUCAGAUCGCCCGCGUUCGAGCCCCCGCGAGCAGCCCACCACUUCGCACCGCUACCACCGUUCGGUGCCGCAGAUACCUCCACGGAACACGAACAACCAGAUUAUUGCCUAAUAAUGUAG